AUGCCGCCGACGCUGACACCAGCCGAGAUAUCCAAGCACAACACCCUCAACGACAUCUGGCUCGUCAUCGACGGCAACGUGUGGGACUUUUCCGACUUCGUCCGCGAACACCCCGGCGGUAUCGCCGUGAUCCUGCAGUGCGCCGGCAAAGACGCGACGGACGUCUACUCCGAAGUCCACGGGCCCAACCUCGUAAAGUCGAACCUGCCCGCCGCCCACCUCAUAGGCGUCCUCGCCCCGGGCGUAGCCCUGCCCAAACCGAAGCAGACCCAACACGCCCAGCCGAGCAACAUGACCUCCCCCAACGAUGAGAGGCAAGACGGGCAAAAAGCACCAACACCGCCACCCUCAAAACCACCCUUGGAUACCCUCAUCAGCGCCCACGACUUCGAAGAGGCCGCCUCGACGUCCUUCACCCCGAAAGCCUGGGCCUUCGUCUCCUCCGCCGCGACAGACCUACACACCAAACGCCUCAACGCCUCCGCCUACUCCCUCAUCGGCCUCCGGCCCCGCGUGCUCGUCGACGUGUCCGCGGUCGACACCUCCACCACGAUGCUCGCCAACCCAAUGCGCUCCCCCAUCUUCUGCCCGCCCACCGCCAUGGCCCGCCUCUUCCACCCGGACGGCGAGAAGGAGCUCGGCCGCGGCUGCAAGGCCGCCGGCAUCCCCCAGGGCGUCUCCGUCAGUGCCUCCUUCCCCCUCGCCGAGAUCCUCGCCGCGCACGCCGCCUUCUCCCCGCCGAAGCCCUACGACGUCCCCGUCUUCUUCCAGCUCUACGUCGACAAGAACCGCGCCAACUCGGAGCGCCUCAUCCGCUCCGCCCAGGCCCAGGGCGCCAAGGCCCUCUUCCUGACUAUCGACGCCCCCAUCCCCGGCAAGCGCGAGGCCGACGAGCGCGUGCGCUCCGACGCCUCCAUCGGCUCGUCCCCCAUCUCGGGCGCCAAGGCCGGCAACGACGCCAAGGGCGGCGCCAUCGGGCGCAUCAUGGGCGACUACAUCGACGCGUCCGUCAACUGGUCCGACAUCGUCUGGUUACGGCGCACCGUGCCCGGCAUGCCCAUCGUGCUCAAGGGGAUUCAGACGUGGAUGGACGCCGAGCGCGCGGCCGCCGCGGGCGUGGAGGCGAUCGUGCUCUCGAACCACGGCGGCCGCAGCCUCGACACGUCGCCCGCGACCGUCAUGGUCCUGCUCGAGCUGCAGAAGAACUGCCCGCACGUGUUCGACAAGCUCGAGGUCUACGUCGACGGGGGCAUCUCGCGCGGCACCGACAUCUUCAAGGCGUUGUGUCUCGGGGCCAAGGCCGUCGGCGUCGGGAGGGGGUUGCUUUAUGCGCUCAACUACGGCGCUGAGGGCGUUGAGCGAUACGCCGAGAUACUCCGAGACGAGUUGGAGACGACGAUGAAAAUGUGCGGCGUCACGAGCCUGGACCAAGUCCAUCCGGGCUUCCUCAACACGCUGGCCGUGGACCACCUCGUUCCGGGUCGGGAGGACAAUCCAAAUACCCCUUGGCACAGGGACAGACAGAGCCGUUUGUAA